ACCUCAAAUAUUUUCUUUCAGCAAUCGCCAUGAUCAGCAUGCUUCUACAAGUUGAUUCCAAUUGCUUCUACUGCUAAUCGUGUAGAAUUUUCAUUAUUUAAGUUCACACGUGGUCCAUAUGACUUGAUUCUAUAAAUUAUUUUUAUGUCUCAGCAUUAUGGAUGCUCAUGAUCUUUUCAAGAAACUCGCAGUCGGCGUCAAAUUUGAUACAAAACGCUUUCGACAAGAUGCAGAAAGAUUUCAGAUGGUGAGACCAAGUAAAAAUGACAUAAGCAGUACGGUGGAAAAAAUAAAGGAUGAGGUAUUAGAACCUAAUACAAAAAACAGUGCAAAAAGAAAGUGUAAAGAGGAGGCUGAAGAUGUUGAUGAAAUAACAUUGCUGGAUGGACUAUCGGUACCGAAGGAUGGAAGUGCUCCGGCAAAGAAACAUAAAAAGGUUGCGACUGCUGACAAGAUGUUGAAGCUGGAGCAAGAGAAGAUAAACCAUCUACGGAACAUGAAUCGUAUUUCAGUCACAGGCAGCCAUGUACCUAAAUUAAUGUUAGAAUUUAAUGAAUUGAAAACAAACUACCAAGUGUCAGAAAAUUUGUUAGACAAUAUGAAAAACAGUGGGUAUAUGUAUCCAACACCAAUACAAAUGCAAGCAAUGCCAAUUAUGUUAGAAGGCAGACAGAUACUGGCUUGUGCUCCAACAGGAUCAGGAAAAACUGCGGCUUUUUUAUUGCCUAUUAUUCAUAGUUUGCGGGGACCGCAAAAGAAAGGUUUUCGCGCUGUUAUUCUAAGUCCUACAAGAGAAUUAGCCAAACAGACAUAUAGGGAAUGCUUGAGAUUGAGUGAUGGCUGUGACUUUAGAAUUCAUAUAAUUAGUAAAGUAAAUCAGGCUCUCAACAAAUAUGGCCCUUCAAGCUCACAAAAGUUUGAUAUUUUAAUUACUACACCAAAGCGACUGGUCUUCCUUUUAAAUCAAGAUCCUCCAGCUAUCUCGUUAAACAACGUUGAAUGGUUGAUUGUGGACGAAGCAGAUAAACUUUUCGAAGAAGGAAUACGCGGUUUUAGAGAACAAUUGGAUGAGAUUACGAGGGCUUGUGUUAAUACAAAUUUACAUCGCGGUAUGUUCAGUGCGACGAACACUCCAGCUGUGUCAAAGUGGUGCCGUCGUAACAUGAAGGGUCUUAUAACAGUAACUGUUGGACAAAGAAAUGCAGCUGCAGAUUUGGUAGAUCAAGAGCUUCUUUUUGUUGGUAGCGAGAGAGGCAAAUUGGUAGAAUUUAGAAACAUUAUUCAGAAGGGUAUAUCGCCACCGGUCUUAGUAUUUGUGCAAAGCAAAGAGAGGGCUCAAGAACUUUUUAACGAGCUUAUUUACGAUGGAAUUAACGUGGACGUUAUUCACGCCGAUAGAACAAUGACACAGCGGGAUAAUACCGUGCGUUGCUUCAGAGAGGGAAAGAUCUGGGUUUUAAUCUGUACAGAAUUGAUGGGCAGAGGUAUAGACUUUAAAGGCGUAAAUCUCGUUAUAAAUUAUGAUUUCCCACCAUCCGCCAUCUCGUACAUCCAUAGAAUAGGUCGUACCGGUCGUGCCGGUCACAAGGGAAAGGCAAUAACGUUUUUCACUCAACAGGAUACAGUGAAUUUACGGAGUAUUGCGGCAGUUAUGCGAGCAUCCGGAUGCGACGUACCAGAUUACAUGCUGGCUAUGAAGAAACACAGUAAAAAGGAACGACGUAAGCUUGAGCGUACAGCACCCGCACGCGAAAAAAUAUUAACCGUACCUACAUAUAAACGACGUAAGCGGAAGAAAUGUGUCGAAAAAAAGUCGAAAGAGGAAAUCUAUAACAGUACUGAACAGACAGUAGCUUGUUUACCUGAGAUGUCUAACCAGAAUUCCCGGCCGUUCAUGGUAUUUAAAGCUGGAAGGUUUGGUAAACACUAUGAGUUUCCACUUUUGUUGCAAAGUAUACUUAUGAUUCUGGCAAUGUUUGUGAUGAUUAAGCUUUGCAUCAAUGUACAAAACAGAACUCAGAUAAUCAAAUCAAAGGAGCGUGUACUUACAGAUUUGGAUGCCAGAUUUUUUUGGAAGUGGACAGACUUCAGGUCCUAUUUGGGUUUCAUGCUUCUGUUUGCCGGUGUAGGUGGUGUGAUGACAUAUUUAUUUCUAGAUAUACCAAUAUUUAUUGAAAUUCUUGGAUUCUUGGCAGUAUUGAUAGAAGCAAUGUUGGGAAUCCCUCAAUUUCUUCGUAAUUCAACGAACAAGUCGACUGUAGGAAUGAGUAUAGCCAUGGUGGCGAUGUGGACCAUGGGAGAUAUCUUCAAAACAUGCUAUUUUGUUUUGAGGGAUACCCCUGUGCAAUUUCAAGUGUGUGGUGCCAUUCAAGUUACAAUCGACAUUGCUAUUUUAGCACAAGUGUACCUCUACAAGACUAGUGAGAUGACAAGAUGCAUGAGGAAGAAGGUUAAUCUAAAAAGCAGUGCUUAUAAUCAAACGGGACAAAAUUAUUAUGAGCAACUGGAGGCAUAUAAUUCGAUGAGCGCGCAUUUACGACGGAUUUUAUUAGCGAAAAGCGUAGUAGAUACGAAAAAUAAAAAUUAUUUGAAAAGAAAUCAGCAGUGUAAAGUGCAAAGAGCUGAUAGCGGAAUUUGUUUGCAUCUAGAAGCAACGGACGAUGUAAUCGAUAGAUUGGCCUACGAUACUGAACAUCAUCCCAUGGAUAUACUGAGAAUAGAUUUAAAUACGAAGCAUCUGGACAGUUGCAAUUAUAAUUUAGAUCAUCGGCUGAGGGCUUGUAGUAGUCAAAUGUGUUACGAAGAAACCGAUCAAAUGAAUCGACGUCAGCGAUCGACAUCGAGGAAUCAAAGAAUGUUGUCACCAACGACGGCACGUUCGUCGAAACGUAAAAAGUUUUCGGUACCAAAUUUUGUUAGCAAAAAAGAUAUAAAAUCGCGAGAUAUCCCUCAUAUAGUCGAACCAUCGACAUGCUUUUCGCAACAUGGAAAAUAUAAGUAUGAAAAAGAAUUCUCAGUCCCUUGUACGACUACUAGAUUAGAUUCACCGAUGUUUAAAUUGAGAUCUCCAAGACAGAAAAUGACUUCGAUGUGCUCGAGCGUUUCGCAAUGUUAUGAUUUCGAUUAUGGUGAAAAAUCUGAAGAAUUCGUCUGCAAACGAUUUGUGUCUCAAAAAGAGGAAGAGAAGAAAUACGUUAAAUUCGUUUAUGAUAUCACCAAAGAAAUAAUGCAGAGAGGUCUUUAUACCGAUAAGGAGCUGCACGACGUGUUUAAGAAGCAUAUCAAUCAGUAUAAGGGAAUAUUGAACAUGAAUAAAAUGCUAUACGAGAUCUACCAAUUAAAGAUCUCUUUAAAUGUAGAGGACGAUUCGGACACGGAUGAGGAAGUGGAUGAUUUGAUCCACGCACAAAAAUUAUUAACCAUGAGCGAGAUCAGGCCGCCCACACCGCCGAAAAUUCUGGAUGAAAACAAAGUGAUAGAGAAAUUGGAGUCUUAUCAGAAAAUGAUGAAGACUGAAAGAUCUCCAAAAAUCGCCGAGAAAUCGGUGCUGCUGGUCGAUGCGAAUCCUGAUAUACUUGUCACUGAAAGAGAUGUGCUGAUAUCGUUGGUAGAAGCAGGUGUAGAUCUCAUACAAGUUCAACAGAUUUGUAAAACUCUGCGUUGUAAGAGUAGAGACCUCGUCGAAGCGGUACAAGUGGACACGACAACUUUAGGCUCCCCGGACUUGAAAGUGGACCAUUUAGAACUAGAGCACGAUAAACAGAUAAACGAUAAACAGAUUUCUGCUGAAAUUGAAAGGAAAGCGGUCUAUAUUUCUCAUGUCGUGGAUGAUUCAGUUGAAUCUCCUGAGAAACUGGAGGCGAGUUCUUCAACAUCAAAUCUUAUAUCCAUGCAAGACGAGGCAGUAGAGCCGAAAGAAAAGACAGAAUUUGAAAUUACAUUCGAACAUGACAAAGUGGAACCUGAAGUCAUAUCCGAAUACGAUAAAACGGAAAUUACAUCCGAAAAUGAUGAAGCGGAAAUCACAUCUGAAAAUGAUAAAAUAGUAUCUGAAAUCACAUCCGAACAUGAUGCAGCGGAAAUUAUAUCUGAAAAUGAUGACGUGGAAUCUGAAAUCACAUCCGAAUAUGAUAAAAAAGUGGAACCUGAAGUCACAUCUGAAAAUAAUAAAACGGAAUCUGAAGUCAUAUCCGAACAUGAUAAAAAAGUGGAAUCGUAAAUUGACAAUGAGUUAAUUAUCAUAUUUCUGUUCCUUCAUUAAGAAACGUUUGCUUAUAAUGCAUUGCUUGUCAUAUUGUCUGUAUACAUGUUUGUCACCCUCGAGUUACUUAUUGUAUUAAUAAAAUGAAAUAAAAAUAUUGAAUAUGUAACA